GACGCUGCUUGAUAUCAUGGAGAAAGACAUUCCGCACGCCGAGUUCGCGUUCUUAUCCGCCUGUCAUACUGCUGUCGGCGAUGAGGAGACACCCGACGAGGUCAUCCACCUCGCAGCUGGUCUCCAGUUUUCGGGUUUUAAAAGCGUUAUUGGCACGCUGUGGGCGGUCGAUGAUGCUGUCGCCAAACACAUUGUUGAGCCUUUUGACGAGAAGAUGUUUGAGGAUUCGGAGGAUGGUGUUGUCAUGGACUGUAGGAAGGCGGCGCGGGCACUUAAUCAUGCUAUACAAGCCGUGAAGACGAAAGUGCCGCUCGAGCAGAGAAUCGUUUUUGUUCAUAUUGGUGUGUAGUUUUAUGGUGUCGUAUUGCUUUCGUUUGCUACAGAUU